AUGGCCGCACCGCUGGACAUUGAGCUCCAGCAGCACCAGCCACGGAGUGGCGACUCACCACAGCCACGCCCUGGGGAAUUUUCCAACGUCGCUACUGCGCGAAAAUCACUAGAAAUCGACAAUUCUCGCGACCAAAUAAGCCCUGUGAUGCCCUCGCCCAUCAUGUCGGCAACAGACAAGGAAGCCGAGGCAUGGCCAAUGAAACCAUCACCUACUGUUGAAGCCAGAGGGACCACCGACCCGGGUCAGCCCAACUGGCCUCAGCUUCCAAACCGGGGGAAGGCCGCAAGAUCACCAAGCCAUCUAUCCGAGGUCCUCAAACACUGGUUUCUUGAGAUUGUCACCAUCAUCGUCGCGGUCCUUCUCAUGGCCGCGAUCAUCAUCCUCCUGGCAUACUAUGACAAGAAAACCAUGCCGGAAUGGCCAUUCGACAUCAACCUUAGCGCUGCAAUCAACUUGCUGUCCACCUUUCUGCGAGCGGCCAUGCUAGCAGCCGUUGCUGAGAUUGUUGGUCAGAUCAAGUGGACAUGGUUCACGGAACGGACACGGCCCCUUCACCACUUGCAGGAUUUUGACUCUGCCUCACGAUCCGUGCUCGGAAGUCUCCGGCUGCUGGCAGUGGUGAUAUGGAACUUUGGGUUUACCUCCGCUGGACUUCUGGGGAUUGGUGCCGCACUGGUUACUAUUGCAAGUUUAGCAGUUGGCCCGUUUACCCAACAAGCACUCAAGACCUCUACGUGCCCAACAUUGGCGCCGAAUGCGAGGGCUGAAAUCCCUGUCGCAAACUAUGUACCCGGAAGGUCAUCCUACUAUCGGGUCGGGGCGGGAAUCUUCCAAGUCGAGACUGAUAUGAAGGGUGCUAUGAUGUCGGGACUGACAAACCCAGACGGCAAGGACAACGAAGUGGAGGUCACUUGUGCCAGCUCGAAUUGCACCUGGCCGGACCACGGUACGGGUACGACCCAUGCAAGUAUAGGGCUUUGCAGUGCAUGCAUCGAUACCACACAGUACGUCAGUGGACCUGACAAGGGAGACAACCUGACUUUACCGGACUACGAAGCCUUCAUAAACUACAAGACAGGCGGAAUGGGAGGGCAGUAUAUGUGGGUGGGCUACAGUAACCUCACUUGGGCAUCCGAGUCCUUUAGUGAAGAUUUCGCCUUGGCGGCCAGCGUGGCAAUCAGUAACUUCAGCAUGCUCGUGGCCACAAGCUCGCCCUGCACCCCAAGAAAAGACUCCAGCUUCUUCGACUGCCCGCACGGAAUCACGCACAACAACGACAAAAUCUAUGAAGGCCUAGGGGAUUACAUAGCCGCUUCCUGUGCGCUUUAUCCGUGUAUGAAGGAAUACAGGGGCACUUACUCGGCCGGAAAAUUCAUCGAGGAGAUUGUCCACACUCAACCAGCGCUACCCAACGAACAGGAGACGAGUGAAUACAGCUUUGCGUCGAACUACACGGCAAUACGCUCCCCUUGCAUCCUCGACGACGGUGACUAUUUCAACGACACAUCUGGGAACACAACACUGGCAUCGCACAUAAUGAAUGCGAGCACUUGGUAUUUGCCAAACAAUAUGUCAGCCGCGCCCCACGUCCCAGGCCGAACCUGGGCAAACAUCACACUCACCAACCAGUUGGACAACACGGCCAGUAACACCAGCGUGCCCAACGCCUGCCUAUACAAGAUGGACGGCAUCUACGCCUCGGCGCUGAGAAGCCAGAUGCGAACCAUCUUCACGGCGGAUUGCACUUACGACAACAUGCAGUCAGGCCACAUCAGCUGCGGCGACUCGUGGUGGCUGGCGCCGCUGUGGAACGAGAUGAACGCCACAUUCGAGUCCCUCGAGGGUGCUAUCGAUGAUUUUGCCACUACAAUCACAAACAAGCUGCGUAUGACGGGCAGUGGGCCGGAUGUCAUGCUUGGGGAUAGGCCCAAAGCGUCCUACACGCUGGGCCUGGUCUACGAGAGCAGCACCUGCACUUACUUUGACCAGCGGUGGGUGUCAUUGCCCAUUAUCCUGGUGCUCAUCUGUGCGGUGCUCCUGCUGUGGAUCAUCGUCAAGAAUUAUACCGACCCGGACCAGCCCGUGUGGAAAGGCUCGGUGCUUCCGCUCAUGUUCUUUGGGCUCCACGGGGCAGGUGGACCGAUGCAGCAGGCGAGGGACGGUCAAGGGCUAGACAGGGCCACAACGUUUGUGAGGAAUAACGGCCGUGCUGCCCCUGAGCUUGGGAAAAUCCAGGACGAGGCAGGCCGUAUGUGGGUGAGAUUCCACGGUGGAAAAGACCCUGGCUUUUUUGACUUGGGCAACGCGAAGAACCACCGAGACGCCGAGGCGGGUCGCAAUGGCAUAUAA